AUGUCGAUACGCAUAGCUCUGGAGAACCCGCCCGAGUUCUACACGAACUUGGAUAUCAUGAAGGGCCAUGUCGUGCUCACCCUUAGCCGGCAUGAGACAGUGGGCGCCAUCAUCGUGAAGCUUGAGGGAGAGUCAAGGACGGCCCUGGGAAUCCCAAACGACAACUCUAGCACCGGAGUACCGCACAGAGAAAUGCCAUCGGCCGGGGACAUCAUCUACGAAAACCACAAGAUUCUCUACAAAGUAGCCCAGGCAUUUCCCAACGAGAACGCUCCACCUCAGGCCAGUCCCAUCGUACUCAACCCAGGUCAGCAUCAUUUUCCCUUCCAGUUCAAGUUUCCCUUCAACAACUCAUGUGGCAACGCCGAAGCCAUGGCCAAGAUUGGAGGUGUUGUGAAUGCCGGUGGAUUCGCUCCAGGAGCUGGACUAUUUGGACUAGGCGGGAUCCGCGUGAUGGACGGGACCAAGCAGUUGAUGUACUCUCACGUUACGAAGACGUUACCUCCUAGUUUCACGGGAUUCCCUGGCGAGGCAGAGAUUCGAUACUACGUCAAAGUCACGAUACAAAGGCCGGGCUUAUUCAAGGAGAAUUGGAGAUAUCAAAUAGGACUCAAAUUCUUACCCAUCGAACCACCCAGACCACCAAAAAGCAACCAAGAGGCAUAUGCCAGGCGUCCAUUCGCCUUUGCGCCUCGCACGCCACCUUCCACGGCGCCACCGUCUACUAAGAAGCGGACCUCGUUCUUUGGAAGGAGUACCACUCCGCAACCACCACCCCCGGUUGGCGGACCCUCGAACCCAUCCUCGUCGGCCGAGGCCAGCUUAGCAACACCGCCCUCGAUCGAGAUGUCUGCUCGCCUCCCACAUCCAGCUAUUCUGACAUGCAAUAAGUCAAUACCACUACGACUUAUCGCCAAGAAACUGGCACCCAGCAAUGGAGAGGUGUACCUCGUAGCUAUACAGAUUGACCUCAUCGGCAAGACCAUCGUACGAUGUCAGGACUUGGUCAACAACGAGUUAAACCGUUGGGUGAUAGUCUCACGCCAGGGUCUUUCCAUACCUGUAUCCAAGCCAGACGACGCCGUAGGAACCGAGGUUGUCCUUCCCGAUGCCAUCUGGAACAACGUGCCUCUCCCCAACACCGUCAUGCCGAGUUUCCAGACGUGUAAUCUGAGUCGUGAGUACCAACUGGAAGUCAAGCUCGGACUCGCCUGGGGAAAGCCAGACGGCGCCAACCACGCCUCCAACAGCUCCUCUUUCUUUGGCGGUUCCAACCGGAACAAGGGCAAGAACCUCGCCAACAUCCCACAGGAGAUCCACCUCCCCCUCAACUUCAGCAACGUCCAAGUCUUCUCCGGUCUCACUCCCCCAGCAGAAUUGGUAGAGGCCAUGCGUCAAGGACGAACACGACCAGCCAGGAAACAAACCGGUCCUAAUGGUCGUCCUCCACAGCAACAACCUCAACCACAGCCCAAUAUCCCACCUCAAGGUGUGGCUUCUUCAUCACGCCCAUCUGCACCAGUGCUGCCGCCUAGACCGGUGGCAGCCACACCACAGAACGAUACCUCGGAAGCGGCGCUUUACCCGCCUCAGUUAAGACCGGGCCAAGACGCACCGCCGUAUGACGAUGCGCCCCCUACAUAUGAGGAGGCAAUGGCGGAGGAGAUGACUGGGCCGGUUUUUCCAAGCACGGCAAGACCAGCCUACAGCGGAGUGACGGAUGAGAAUGCGGCGAGUAGUUUGCCUGAGAAAAAUUAG